AUGGGAAGAGACGGGAAGGAGACUAGGCGCCGGAGCCGCAAGAGAUCCCGCGACGCCUCCCCCUCCCCCUCCUCGGAUUCCGACUCCCCUUCCUCGGCGUCCUCCCCGAGCAGCAGCCCCGAGCGACGGAGCCGCAGCAGUAAGCGGAAUAGGUCAUCCUCGUCGCACCUCCACCGCCACCGCCACAGCCGCAAGGACAGCGGACGGUCGCGGAGCUCCCGCCACGAGGACCGCCGCCGGCGGCAUCGGAGAAGACGGGACCAGGAGAGGAAGCGCCACAGUGGGGAUGGUGGCGGGUCCUCCGACUCCCAAUCGUCGGAGGAGGAUAGGGCGGAGGAGGCGCGGGAGAUCGUCCGAGAUAUCCUCAGGGAAUUGCCGGCUGUAGCCGAAGAGCUUCGCCAGCUUCUCCAAAUGAUAGACAGUGGUGAAGGCAUUGACAUUUCUGGAAUUUCCGACAAGCCAUUGGUGAAGCGCUUGAAGAAACUUUUCCGAUCUCUGAGACUGAAAGAAAGUGCAAGUGGGGCUUACUUGCUGCCUCCAAAAAAUGUUCCUACACUUGAUAUUGUUGGAUCAUUACUAUUAGAAAGUUCCAGACUUUCAGAUAACAAAAGUGGAAAGUCAGUAUCACCAAAUAGAGAAGAACUACCACAGGCUAACUUUGAUGUGCAAAAUAAAGAUAAAGAUGAUAUUAUUUCCGAAGAGCCGAAAGUUAUUGAUGUGGAAGAGGAACCUCCUAAAAGAAGGAUAAUCGGUCCUGCAAUGCCAUCUCGUGAAUUACUGGCUGCAGCAGCUGAAAUGACAGAGGCUCUUAGGUGCCGGGAUGCUGAACUGGAAGCCGAUGAUGAUUUGCUCAUAGGCCCCCCACCGCCUGCUGUAGUUGCUGAAGCUGCAUCUGCAAAUGAAGCUGAGCGAUUUGAAGAGGUUACUCGAAUAUUGGCGGCUGACACAAAUUCACCUUAUGAUGUUCUGGGGGUAAAUUGGAAGAUGUCAACUGAUAACAUGAAGAAAAGGUAUUGGAAGUUGUCUCUUUUAGUACACCCGGACAAAUGUCCUCAUCCUUCAGCACAAGAGGCAUUCGUGAAAUUAAAUAAUGCCUUCAAAGACUUACAAGACCCUGAUAAGAGAGGUGCAAUAGACGAGAAGAUAAAAAAGAAAGAGGAGAUGGAACAAUUUGAGAUUGAGCUUAAAGCAAUGCGUGAGGCUGCGGAAUGGAGACGGUUACAAGGUGUAUCACUUGCAGGUGAUGAUGAACUUUUAGCAGGUCCAAAAGAGUCACAGGGACCUAAGAGAGAUGAAUGGAUGACCACAUUGCCACCCGAGAGAAAAGCAGGAGUGCCGAUGCAUUCAACUAAAUCAUUUAGUAUGAAUGGUAAAGAAGGACGUGGAGACACAAGUGUCUGGACUGAUACCCCUCUUGAUAGAGCACAAAAAGCACAACAAAGCUAUCUAGAAGCCUACAAUAAGACAAAGGCGAUUGCAGAAGGCCAUGAUGUAAAGAGCAAAAACCCGGAUGCUUCAAUUGUAGAUAAGUACAAUACCUCCAAAAGAUCAGUGUCUCUUGUUCAGAAGCACCGAGAGAGUAAAAAGGAGAAAAAGAAACAAAAGCAGCACGAGAAAGAGGAAUGGGAGGGAAACCACCCAUGGAAGCCAUGGGACCGGGAGAAGGAUCUGACUGCUGGGCGCCAAAAGGUAGCCUUAGACCCAGAGAACAUGUCACAAGGAUUAACUUCCCGUUUCGCAUCUGGUUCUAUUCAGAGGAACUUCCUGUGA